AUGGUGUCCUGGCGGAGGAGGUGGCAGGGGCCCGGCCUGGCCCGGCUCUGGGGCUUCUGCUGCCUGGUGCUGGGCUCCUGGAGGGCUUUGCUCGCCUGCCCGGCGCCUUGCACAUGCAGCGCCUCGCGGAUCUGGUGCAGCGAGCCCGCGCCGGGCAUCGUGUCCUUCCCGGUCCUGGAGGGGAGCGCCGAGCGGGAGAACAUCACCGACAUUUACAUCGCAAACCAGCGGAAAUUAGAAAGCAUCAAUAACAAUGAAGUUGGACUUUAUGUUGGACUGAAAAAUCUAACCGUGGUGGAUUCAGGCUUAAAGUUUGUGUCCCGUCAGGCAUUUCUGAAAAACACCAACCUGCAGUACAUUAAUUUCUCCAGAAACAAGCUCUCAAGUUUGUAUAAGAAGACUUUCCGCCAUCUGAAUUUAUCUGAUCUGAUUCUAGUGGACAAUCCGUUCAAGUGUUCCUGUGAUGUUAUGUGGAUCAAGAUAUUUCAGGAGACCAAGUUUUCUAACACAGAAACUCAGGAUUUUUACUGCAUAAAUGACAACAACAAGAGGAUACCCCUUUCGGACAUGCAGAUCCCCAACUGCGGCUUGCCCUCAGCAAACUUGAGUGUUUAUAACCUCACUGUUGUGGAAGGAAGGAGCACUACACUGUACUGCGAAGCUACUGGGGUGCCAUCUCCCAAUGUAUCCUGGGUUGUCCCUAAUCUUGUUUCAAAACAUGAGAGUAAUACAAGUAAGAAUCCUGCUUCCCUAACCAUAAGGAAUGUUUCAUCUAAGGACAGUGGAAUACGGAUUUCAUGUAUAGCAGAAAAUAUUGUGGGAGAAGACCAAGCUUCUGCUGACCUUGUGGUGUUCUUUGCACCAAAUAUCACAUUUAUUGAACCUCCAACCCCGGACCACCACUGGUGUAUUCCAUUCACUGUGAAAGGGAACCCCAAGCCCUCAUUGCAGUGGUUCUAUGAAGGGGCUAUACUGAAUGAGUCUGAAUACAUCUGUACUAAAAUACAUGUUAGCAAUCAAAGUGAAUACCAUGGCUGCCUUCAGUUGGACAACCCUACCCAUUUGAACAAUGGUGCUUAUACCUUACUGGCAAAGAACGAGUAUGGAGAAGAUGAAAAAAGGGUUGAUGCUCAUUUCAUGUCAAUGCCUGGAGAUGAAGCAACAACUAACUAUGUUCCUAUCCUAAUUUAUGAUGAUUAUGAAACCACGCCUAAUGAUAUUGGAGACACCACGAAUAACAGUAAUCAAAUCACUUCUACGGAUGUUUCCAACAAAGAGAAUGAAGAUAGCAUCACUGUGUAUGUUGUGGUGGGGAUUGCAGCAUUAGUGUGCACUGGCCUAGUGAUAAUGCUCAUUAUUCUGAAGUUUGGAAGACACUCCAAGUUUGGGAUGAAAGACUUCACCUGGUUUGGUUUUCUCUACCUGAAAAAUAGGGAAUCUUUGUUUCUAACUCUAGGUCCUUCUUCAGUUAUCAGCAAUGAUGAUGAUUCGGCAAGUCCCCUCCAUCACAUUUCGAAUGGGAGUAACACUCCAUCCUCUUCUGAGGGCGGCCCAGAUGCUGUCAUCAUUGGAAUGACAAAGAUUCCUGUCAUUGAAAACCCCCAGUACUUUGGAAUCACCAACAGUCAGCUCAAGCCAGACACAUUUGUUCAGCACAUCAAACGACACAAUAUUGUUCUAAAAAGAGAGCUGGGAGAAGGAGCCUUUGGGAAAGUCUUCUUGGCCGAGUGCUAUAACCUUUCUCCAGAGCAGGACAAGAUCUUGGUGGCGGUGAAGACACUGAAAGAUGCCAGUGAUAAUGCUCGGAAAGACUUCCACCGAGAGGCAGAAUUGCUGACUAACCUACAGCAUGAGCACAUUGUGAAGUUUUAUGGCGUGUGCGUGGAAGGUGAUCCACUCAUCAUGGUUUUUGAGUACAUGAAGCACGGAGAUCUGAAUAAAUUCCUCAGGGCACAUGGACCAGAUGCAGUACUGAUGGCAGAAGGCAACCUUCUAGCUGAGCUGACCCAGUCCCAGAUGUUGCACAUUGCCCAGCAGAUUGCAUCCGGCAUGGUUUACUUGGCAUCACAGCACUUUGUGCAUCGUGAUCUUGCCACCCGGAACUGCCUGGUUGGUGAGAACUUGCUGGUGAAGAUUGGAGAUUUUGGAAUGUCCAGAGAUGUGUACAGUACUGAUUACUACAGGGUUGGUGGUCACACCAUGUUGCCCAUUCGUUGGAUGCCUCCUGAGAGUAUCAUGUACAGGAAGUUCACCACAGAAAGCGAUGUCUGGAGCUUGGGGGUCGUUUUAUGGGAAAUCUUCACCUAUGGCAAACAGCCAUGGUAUCAGCUCUCAAACAAUGAGGUGAUCGAGUGCAUCACUCAGGGCCGAGUUCUGCAGCGACCUCGUACGUGCCCAAAGGAAGUGUACGACUUGAUGCUGGGUUGUUGGCAACGGGAGCCUCACAUGAGGCUCAACAUCAAAGAAAUCCAUUCCCUCCUUCAGAACUUGGCCAAGGCUUCUCCAGUUUACCUGGAUAUUCUAGGCUAG